CAACUGGUGCCCAACGCAAUGUGUGUUUGUCAAACCAUGGAAGUGGGCAAGUAUGGCAAGAAUGCCACUCGAUCCGGAGACCGGGGGGUCCUGCUGGAGCCUUUCAUUCACCAGGUGGGCGGCCACAGCAGCAUGAUGCGCUACGACGACCACACUGUCUGCAAGCCCCUCAUUACCAGAGAACAGCGCUUCUACGAGUCUCUGCCCCCGGAAAUGAAGGAGUUCACACCUGAGUACAAAGGUGUGGUGUCCGUCUGUUUUGAGGGAGACAGCGACGGCUACAUUAACCUGGUGGCCUAUCCUUACGUGGAGAACGAGGCCCUGGAGCAGGAUGAUUUGCCGGAGCGGGACCAGCCACGACGCAAGCACUCGCGUCGGAGCCUUCACAGAUCAAGCAGCGGCACUGAGCACAAGGAGGAGAAACCUGGCCUGGCCAGUGACAGCAGCGAAAGCAUCCAGGAAACCAAGAGUCCCAGGGUGGAUUUACACAUCCAUUCAGAUGUUCCAUUUCAGAUGUUGGAUGGGAACAGCGGUCUGAGCUCUGAGAAGAUCAGCUAUAACCCCUGGAGCCUGCGCUGCCAUAAGCAGCAGCUGAGCCGCAUGCGGUCGGAGUCCAAGGACCGAAAACUCUACAAGUUCCUGUUGCUGGAGAACGUGGUGCAUCACUUCAAGCUUCCCUGUGUACUUGAUCUGAAGAUGGGGACCAGACAGCACGGAGAUGAUGCUUCUGAGGAGAAGGCUGCUCGGCAGAUGAAGAAGUGUGAACAGAGCACUUCUGCCACCCUGGGCGUGCGUGUGUGUGGGAUGCAGGUCUAUCAGCUGGACACAGGGCAUUACUUAUGCAGGAAUAAAUACUAUGGACGCGGCCUUUCCAUCGAGGGCUUCCGCAACGCCCUCUACCAGUAUCUCCACAACGGCAUCGAGCUGCGCAAGGACCUCUUUGAGCCUGUCCUUGCCAAACUGCGAAGCCUGAAGACGGUUUUGGAGAGACAGGCCUCCUACCGCUUCUACUCCAGCUCCCUCCUCAUCAUUUACGAUGGGAAGGACAGCAGGGCAGGGAUGUUGGUGGAGCGCCGUCCGGAGAUGCGCCUGAAGCGGGUGGACACCUCUCUCCUGGAGAGCCUUCAGGACGGCAGCAGCACGGAGCCCGGCUUGGCCCAGCCCAAGGUGGACGUGCGUAUGAUUGACUUUGCACACAGCACCUUCAAAGGCUUCCGCGACGACCCCACUGUGCACGACGGACCCGACAUGGGUUACGUGUUCGGGCUGGAAAGCCUCAUCAACAUCAUGGAACAGAUGCGUGAGGAAAACCAGUAGCCCCAGGCUACGGCCUCUUCAUCUUUGUCCUGGUGGCAGGAGCAGCCAAGACCACCUACUACCACGGGAAA